AUAAAAUUCAAUUUUAAAUAAAGAUAAUCAAUAAUUGACAGUUAGUAAAAUCAGCUGAUCGAAUUAAAAUUUGAUUGAAAGAUGAGCGACAGUGAAGACGAUGCAGAUGAUAAUUUUCUGUUUCGACUAUUCCGUAGACUAUUUCCUAGAAGAACACGUAGAGUAUCAUUUGCCGGUUGCAUGAACAACGAAUAUGAGUAUAUAAUCGAAAAGCUGGCGAUAAAACGUGUUCGCGGUUCUUUGAUCUCUACGUCCUUUGACAUCGAGUGCAGAAGACGCUACGAAGAAAUGAAUUCCGCUGUGGUACCGCCGGUUAAUGAGUCUGCAGAAGCUCCUAAAAGUAAAGUACCAAGUUUGCGUAAAAAAUUGAGAUUCACCAGAGUCGAUGACGAGUCCGGAGGUGAAGGAACCUCCGGAGAAACUUUUCACUCGAAUCAUAUCAUCAACAGGUUGACUGCUUUCCAUCCGCAUCUGAAAGAAUCGGAGCGACCUCCUAAAGACCCUCUGACCACAAAAAGGACUAAGAGUAUCAGAUCUUUCGCUGAAGAGUUAACAGAGUUUGCUUCAAAAAAAGAUCCGUCUCCUGGUACUUCGAAACAAAAAUAAUUUAUCAAUAUAAACUUAAGAAUAUAAAUUUUUAUUAAAAAAUAUU